UAUAAGCUCAGCAGUUCAUGCAGAUUAUCUAAAUACACAUUAUAUAUCUGCAUUAUUUCAAUAUGAGAAAGAAUUUGCAGCUAGGUUUUGUAAUAUUUUAAUACUUGUUUUAUUGAUAACAAAUAUUGAUGUAAAAUUAGAGAGCUUAG